AUGGACAGUCGCGUCGAUGAUCAGACCGUUGUUGCCAGAAUAAAGAUGAAAGGAUCGGGCAACCCUUACGGAAGCUUAUAUCCCGCUCAGAUGUGUAUUCUGAUCUUCGGCAAGGACAAUUAUCCAAUAUUGUGGAAGAGCGAGAAACUUUAUUUCGAGGUUGUCUUUUGGGAUUGGGAGACAAAUUUUUGUUCUGGGAUGGCUUGGGCUCUAUGCGAGCUCCUUGGUGUAGUAAGGCUAUUUGUCGAAUUGAGUCAUGGAUGGAAUCAAGCCGUAAUUGCUACAACAAUCAGACACACCAUUUAA